AUGGGGCCCACGAGACGCAUCGUUACUAUCAAAAGGAGCGGGGUCGACGGUGCCCACUUUCCCCUGAGCCUCAGCACCUGCUUGUUCGGAAGGGGUAUUGAAUGUGACAUCCGCAUCCAGCUGCCUGUUGUGUCAAAACAACAUUGCAAAAUUGAAAUCAAUGAGCAGGAGGCAAUAUUGCAUAAUUUUAGUUCCACAAAUCCAACACAAGUAAAUGGGUCUGUUAUUGAUGAGCCUGUACAGCUAAAACAUGGAGAUGUAAUAACUAUUAUUGAUCGAUCUUUCAGGUAUGAAAAUGAAAGUCUUCAGAAAAGAAGCAAGUCAACUGAAUUUCCAAGAAAAAUACAUGGACAGGAGCCAGCACGUCGUGUCUCAAGAUCUAGCUUCUCUUCUAACCCUGAUGGGAAAGCUCCAGAUUCCAAGGCCUAUUCAAAAAUCACUGAAGGAAAAGUUUCAGGAAGUCCUCAGGUAUAUAUCAAGACUGUCAAAGAAGACAGUGCUGCAGAUGACUCAGAAGACACUGUUGCCCAGGAAACAUCUGAUGUUCAUUCCUCAGAACAGGCUGGACGUAAUGACAGAAAUGCAGCUCAUCGCAUUUCUGGGGAUUUUAGAGAAAUUUCCAGGGUAAAAUUAAUGAGCCAUUGUGGAGAACUGAAGUCUCCUUUCACUACACAGUGUCUUGACGAUAGCCAAAAAAAUGAAUCUCCCUUUAGGAAGCUGUAUCAGUCAAUGAAGAAAGAGUUGGAUGUAAAAUCACUAAAAGAAAAUGUUCCACAGUAUUGUAGAAAAUCUGGAUUACAAACUGAUUACACAACAGAAAAAGAAAGUGCUGAUGGUUUACAGCAGGAGACACAACUGUUGGUGUCACGUAAGUCAAGAACGAAAUCUGGUGGAAGCAGCCACGCCGUGGCAGAGCCUGCUUCACCUGAGCAGGAGCUCGCCCAGGCCAAGGGCAAGGGAAGAGACGAGUCUGUUCAGACUCCCAGCAAGGCUGUGGGCGUCAGCUUUCCUCUCUAUGAGCCGGCUCAAAUGAAGACCCCUGAACAAUAUCCACAGCAACAAAAUUCUCCACAAAAACACAAGAACAAAAACCUGUAUACUACUGGUAGAAGAGAAUCUGUGAAUCUGGGUAAAAACAAAGGCUUCGAGGCUGGCGAUAAAACUCUUACUCCCAGGAAGCUUUCAGCUAGAAAUCGAACACCAGCUAAAGUUGGAGAUGCAGCCGACUCUGCUGCUAAACCAGGAAAUCUGUCUUCCAAAACCAGAGGAAGUAUUCCUACAGAUGUGGAAGUUCCGCCUACAGAAACCGAAAUUCAAAAUGACCCCUUUUUAACUCUGUGGCUCACUGAAGUUGAAAGGAAAAUCCAAAAGGAUUCCCUCCACAGGCCUGAGAAAGUGGGUGCCACAACUGGACAGAUGUGCCCUGAGUUACCUGGUCUUAGUGCAGUUGAUAUCAGCAACUUUGAUGAUUCCCUUAAUAAGAGUGAGGGAAUGCCUUUGAAAAGGAGGCGUGUGUCCUUUGGUGGGCACCUAAGACCUGAAUUAUUCGAUGAAAACUUGCCUCCUAAUACGCCUCUCAAAAGAGGAGAAACCCCAACCAAAAGAAAGUCUCUGGUAGUGCACACUCCACCUGUCCUGAAGAAAAUCAUCAAGGAACAGCCUCAACCAUCAGGAGAACAACAGUCGACUUCAGAAAUCCAUUUGGAAGUGAUGGCACAAAGCUUGGUCACAAGCCCUCCAGCCCCUAGUCCUAGGAAAACCCCAGUUGCCAAUGAUCGUAGGUCCUGCCAAGCAGCCCCUGCUUCCAGCAGCAAAUCUCAGACAGAGGUUUCUAAGAGAGGAGGGAGAAAGAGCGGCAACCUGCCUUCAAAGAGAGUGUCUCUCAGGCGCAGCCAACAUGGUAUUUUACAGAUGAUAUGUUCCAAACGACGAAGCGGUGCCUCUGAGGCCAAUCUCAUUGUUGCAAAAUCGUGGGCGGAUGUAGUAAAACUUGGUGCAAAACAAACACAGACUAAAGUCGUAAAACAUGGCCCUCAAAGGUCAGUGAUCAAAAGACAAAGAAGACCUGCCACUCCAAAGAAGCCUGCGGGUGAUGUUCACAGUCAAUUUAGUACAGGCCAUGCAAACUCUCCUUGUACCAUAAUAAUAGGGAAAGCUCAUACUGAAAAGGUACAUGUGCCUGCUCAACCCUACAGAAUGCUCAACAACUUCAUUUCCAACCAAAAAAGGGACUUUAAGGAAGAUCUUUCAGGAAUAGCUGAAAUGUUCAAGACCCCAGUGAAGGAGCAACCACAGCUGACAAGCACAUGCCACAUCGCUGUUUCAAAUUCAGAGAAUUUGCUGGGAAAAAAGGUUCAAGUAACUAAUUCAGGAGAAGAAGCUUUGCUCCCCACCUCGGAGAGUUUUGGAGGAAAUGCGUUCUUCAGUACACAGAAUGCAGCAAAAGAACUGUCUGAUAGCUGUUCUGUAAGCCCUACCUUAACACGGCCGAGUAUUAGAGAAAAUGGAAACACAGCAAAAACUCCUAGGAUCACCUACAAAAUGACUUCUGUGGAGAUGAAGACCUCAGACGCCGAGACAGAGCCUUCAAAGACGAUAUCCAGUGCAAACAAGUUAAGAAGGUCUACCGAGCUCAGAAAUGUACAGAAGCUACCUGCUGAAAGUAAGAGUGAAGACGCAAAUGCUGGCGUUGUGAACCGCAUCCCGGGAAGGUGUCAGAAGACAUCACCACUGCAGUGGAAGAGAGGAGGAGAGAUGAAGGAAAUCGAAAGACCCUUCGAGACGUGUAAGGAAAAUAUCGAAUUGAAAGAAAACGUUGAAAAGAUGAAAGCCGUGAAGAGAUCAAGAAGAACCUGGGGGCAGAGAGGUGAACGAGUGUCUGACCUAACCGACCUCAAAAGCUUGCCUGACGCAGAACCCACGAAAGACAAGGCUCAUGGCCAGGAGCUCCUCCAAACCCAAGAUCAUGCCGAGGCACCAGACAGUGAGAAGGGCAAAAUCACUAAAACGCCCUGCAAGGCAUUACAGCCAGAACCAACAGACACCCCAACACGCGUGAAGCAACGGCCCAAGCCAUCCCUGGGGAGAGUGGGUGUGAAAGAAGAGCGCCUUGCAGUCGGCAAGCUCACACAGACACCAGGGGAGACCACACACACACACACAGAGCCAGCAGGAGAUGGAAAGAGCAUUAGAACAUUUAAGGAGUCUCCGAACCCGGUAGCCUAUAUAACUGGAAUGAAGAGGUGGCCAAGAAUGCCUAAGGAAGAGGCCCAAUCACUGGAAGACCUGGCCGGCUUCAAAGAGCUUUUCCAGACACCAGGUCACACUGAGGAAUCAAUAACUGAUGACAAAACUACCAACAUACCCAGCAAAUCUCCACCAGAGUCAGCGGACACCCCAACAAGCACAAAGCAACGGCCUAAGAGAAGUCUCAGGAAAGCAGACGCAGAGGAAGAAUUCUUAGCACUCAGGAAACUAACGCCAUCAGGCAAAGCCAUGCACACACCCAAACCAGCAGCAGGUGCUGAGGAAGACAUGAAAGCAUUGAUGGGAACUCCAGUGCAGAAACUGGACCUGGUAGGAAAUUUACCUGGCAGCAAGAGACACCCACAGACUCCUAAGGAGAAGGCCCAGGCUCUAGAAGACCUGGCUGGCUUUAAAGAGCUUUUCCGGACUCCUGGUCGCACUGAGGAAUCAGUGGCUGCGGGCAAAACCCCUGAAAUGUGCUGCAAAUCUCCACAACCAGACCCAGUGGACACCCCAACAAGCACAAAGCAACGGCCCAAGAGAAGUCUCAGGAAAGCAGACAUAGAGGAAGAAUUCUUAGCACUCAGGAAACUAAUGCCAUCAGCAGGGAAAGCCAUGCACACACCUAACCCGGCAGUAAGUGAAGAGAAAGACAUCAACACAUUUGUGGGAACUCCAGUGCAGAAACUAGACCUGCCAGAGAACUUAAUCGGAAGCAAGAGACGGCCACAGACUCCUAAGGAAAAGGCCCAGGCUCUAGAAGACCUGGCUGGCUUCAAAGAGCUCCUCCAGACCCCUGUUCACACUGAGGGAGCAGUGGCUACUGGCAAAACCACUAAGAUGCCCUGCAAAUCUUCUCCACCAGAAUCAGCAGACACCCCAACAAACACAAGAAGGCGGCCUAAGACAACUUUGGGAGAAAGAGAUGUAGAGAAAGAGCUCUUAGCCCUGAUGAAGCUCACACAGACACCAGGGGGAACCACACCCACAGAGAAAGCACCAGGAGGUGAGGAUACAGGCAUCAAAGCGUUGAAGGAAACUGGUAAGCAGAAACUGGACCCAGCAGCAAGUGUAACUGGCAGCAAGAAGCAGCUGAGAACUCCUAAGAGAAAAGCCCAAUCCCUAGAAGACCUGACCGGCUCGAAAGAGCUCUUCCAGACACCAGUAGGCACUGAUAAGCCCACGACUGAUGAAAACACUUCCAAAGUAGUCUGCAAAUCUCCACAACCAGACCCAGUGGACACCCCAACAAGCUUCCAGGCACAGUCCAAGAGAAGUCUCAGGAAAGCAGAUGUAGAAGAAUUCUCAGCCCUCAGGAAACGAACAUCAUCAGCAGGCAAAGCCAUGCACACACACAAGCCAGCAGUAGAUGAUGAGAAAAACAUUAAUGCAGUUGUGGGAACUCCAGUGCAGAAACUGGACCUGCCAGAAAACUUGACUGGCAGCAAGAGACGGCCACAAACUCCUAAGGAAAAGGCCCAGGCUCUAGAAGACCUGGCUGGCCUCGAAGAGCUCUUCCCGACACCACAUCACACUGAGGUAUCAAUGACUAAUGAAAAAACUGCCAGGAUAGCCUGCAACUCUUUACAACCAGACCCAGACAAAACCCCAGCAAGCUCCAAGCAAUGGCUCAGGACAUCCCUGGGGAAGGUGGGUGAGAAAGAAGAGCUCCUAGCAGUCGGCAAGCUCACACAGAUGCCAGUGGGGACGACACACACACACGCAGAGUUAACAGGAGAUGGCAAGAGCAUCAGAGCAUUUAAGGAGUCCCCAAAGCAGAUCUUAGACCCAGCAGCAAGUCUAACUGGCAGCAAAAGGCAGCCAAAAAAUUCUAAGGAAAAGGCUGAAGUCCCUGAAGACCUGGUUGGCUUCAAAGAGCUCUUCCAGACACCAGGUCACACUAAGGAAUCAAUGACUAAUGAAAUAACUACAAAAAUACCCUACAGCUCUUCACCACCAGACCCAGUGGACACUCCAAUAAGCUCCAAGCCACAGCCCAAGAGAAGUCUCAGGAAAGCAGAUGUAGAAGAAGAAUUUUUAGCAUUUAGGAAACUAACGCCAUCAGCAGGCAAAGCCACGCCCACACCCAAACCGGCAGGAAGUGAAGAGAAAGACAUCAAUGCAUUGAUGAGAACUCCAGUGCAGAAACCGGACCUGCCAGGAAAUUUACGUGGCAGCCGGAGACGGCCUCAAACUCCUAAGGAAAAGGCCCAGGCUCUAGAAGACCUGACUGGCUUCAAAGAGCUCUUCCAGACGCCAUGCGCUGAUAAGCCCACGACUGACGAGAAAACCACCAAAAUACCCUGCAAAUCACAACUGAACCCAGUGGACACCCCAGCAAGCACAAAGCAACGACCAAAGAGAAGUCUCAAGAAAGCAGACAUAGAGCAAGAAUUUUCAGCACUCGGGAAACUAACACCAUUAGCGGGGAAAGUCAUGAACACACCUAAACCAGCAGUUGGCGAAGAGAAAGAUAGCGCCUUUGUGGUGACUCCAGUGCAGAAACCGGACCUGCCAGGAAAUUUACGUGGUAGCAAGAGACGGCCACAAACCCCUAAGGAGACGGCCCAGGCCCAUGCUCUGGAAGAAUUGGCUGGCUUCAGAGAGCUCUUCCAGACACCAGGUCACACUGAGGAAUCAACAACUACUGACAAAAUUGCAAAAGUAUCCUGCAAAUCUCCACAACCAGACCCAGUCAAAACCCCAACAAGCUCCAAGCGACGGCUCAAGACAUCCCUCGGGAAAGCAAGUGUGAAAGAAGAGGUCCUAGCAGUCGUCAGACUCACGCAGAUGUCAGGGGAGACCAUGCACACACACACAGAGCCAGCACGUGAUGGCAAGAGCAUUAGAACAUUUAAGGAGUCUGCAAAGCAGAUGCUGGACUCAGCAGACUAUGUAACUGGGAUGAAGAGGUGGCCAAGAACACCUAAGGAAGAGGCCCAAUCACUAGAAGACCUGGCUGGCAUCAAAGAGCUUUUCCAGACACCGGGUCACACUGAGGAAUCAAAGACUGAUGACAAAAUUACCAACAUACCCUGCAAAUCUCCACCACCAGAGUCAGUGGACACCCCAACAAGCACAAGAAGGCGGCCCAAGACACCUUUGGGGAAAAGGAAUGCAGUGGAAGAGCUCUCAGCCCUGAAGAGGCUCACAAAGACACCAGGGGGAACCACACACACAGACCAAGCACCAGGAGGUGCGGAUACAGGCAUCAAAGCGUUGAAGGAAACUGCUAAGCAGAAACUGGACCCAGCAGCAAGUGUAACUGGCAGCAAGAGGCAGCUGAGAACUCCUAAGAAAAAGGCCCAAUCCCUAGAAGACCUGACCGGCUUGAAAGAGCUCUUCCAGACACCAGUAGGCACUGGUAAGCCCAGGACUAAUGAGAAAACUACCAGAAUAGCCUCCAAAUCUCCACAACCAGACCCAGCGGACACCCCAACAAGCUUCCAGGCACAGCCCAAGAGAAGUCUCGGGAAAGCAGACAUAGAGGAAGAAUUCUUAGCCCUCAGGAAAACAUCAGCAGGCAAAGCCAUGCACACACCCAAACCAGCAGCAGGUGCUGAGGAAGACAUGAAAGCAUUGAUGGGAACUCCAGUGCAGAAAGCGGACCUGCCAGGAAAUUUACCUGGCAGCAAGAGACGGCCACAAACGCCUAAGGAAAAGGCCCAGGCUCUAGACGACCUGGCUGGCUUUAAAGAGCUCUUCCAGACGCCAGGCACAGACAAGCCCACUACUGACGAGAAAACUACCAAAAUGCACUGCAAAUCUCCACAACCAGAUCCAGUGGACACCCCAACAAGCACAAUUCAACAGCCCAAGAGAAGUCUCAGGAAAGCAGAAGUAGAGGAAGAAUUUUCAGCACUCAGGAAGCUAACGCCAUCAGCACGCAAAGCCAUGCACACACCGAAACCAGCAGUAAGCGAUGAGAAAAACAUGAACACAUUUGUGGAAACUCUAGUGCAGAAACUGGACUUGCCAGGAAAUUUACCUGGUAGCAAGAGAUGGCCACAAAUUCCUAAGGAAAAGGCUGAGGCUCUCGAGGACCUGGCUGGCUUCAAAGAGCUUUUCCAGACACCAGAUCACACUGAGGAAUCAAUGACUGAUGACAAGAUCACAGGAGUAUCAUGCAAAUCUCCACAGCCAGAGCCAUUCAAAACCUCAAGAAGCUCUAGGCAACGGCUCAAGGUAUCCCUGGUGAAAGCGGGCAUGAAAGAAGAGCUCCUCACAGUCGGCAAGCUCACACGGACGUCAGGGAAGACUGCACAAACACAAACAGAGCCAACAGGAGGUAGUAAGAGCAUCAGAGCCUUUAAGGAGUCUCCAAAGCAGAUCAUGGACCCAGCAGCAAGUGUAACUGGUAGCAGGAGGCCGCUGAGAACUCGUAAGGAAAAGGCCCACGUUCUGGAAGACCCAGGUGUCUUCAAAGAGCUCAUUCCAGCACCAGGUCACACUGAAGAGUCCAUGACUACUGAUAAAAACACCAAAAUUCCCUGCAAAUCUUCCCCACCAGAGCCAGCAGACACUGCCAAGAACACAAAGAGAUGCCCCAGGACACGUCUCCGGAAAGAAGUGAGAGAGGAGCUCUCAGCAGUUCAGAAGCUCACACAAACAUCAGGGCAAAGCGCACAUACACACACAGAACCAGCGAGUGAUGGUGAAGGCAUCAAAGUCUUCAAGCAACGUGCCAAGAAGACACCGACCCCAGGAGGAGAGGAACCCAGCAGGAGAAGGCCAAGAGCACCUAAGGCAAAGACCCGAGCCCUGGAAGACCUGGCUGGCUUCAAAGAGCUUUCUGAAACACCAGGUCACACUCAGGGAUCACUGCCUACUGGCAAAGCCGCUAAAAUGCCCUGCAAAUCUCCCCCACUAGAACUAGUAGAUACCAGAACAAGCACCAAGCGGCAUCUCAGGACACAUGCCCAGAAGAUAGAAGUGAAAGAAGAGCCAUCAGCAGCCGGCAAGUUCACACAGACAUCAGGGGAAACGGCGGACGCAGACAAAGCAUCAGUAGGUAAAGAUAAAGGCAUUAAAGCAUCUAAGGAAUCCGCAAAGCAGACACUGGCUCCAGCAGCAUGUGUAACUGGCAGCAGGAGACGGCCAAGAGUACCCAGGGAAAAUGCCCACGCCCUAGAAGACCUGGCUGGCUUCCAAGACCCAGCACCAGCUCACCCUAAAGAAUCUCUGACUGAUGACAAAACCACUGAAAUAACCUGCAAAUCAUUGCCAGAACCAGUAGACACUGCAACAAGCUCAAAGAGACGGCCCAGGACACGUGCCCAGAAAGCAGAAGUGAAAGAAGAGCCCUUAGCAGCCGGCCAGCUCACACCGGCAUCAGGCAAGACCACGCACACCGACAAAGAACCAGCAGGUGAAGGCAAUGGGGUGAAAGCAUUUAAGCAACCCGCAAAGCGGAAGCUGGACCCAGAAAAUGUCACUGGCAACAGGAGACGGCCACGAGCACCUAAGGAAAAGGCCCAACCCCCAGAAGAUCUGGCCAGCUUUCAAGAGUUCUCUCAAACACCAGGCCACACUGAGGAGCUGGCAAAUGGUGCUGAUAGCUUUACGGGCACUCCAAAGCAAACAUCUGUCAGUGGAAAACCUCUAAAAAUAUCCAGAAGAGUUCUUCGGGCCUCUAAAGUAGAACCCGUGGGAGACCAGGUAGGCACCAGAGACCUUGUAAAAUCACAAAGGAAAGGCAACUCUUCCCUGCCCCCACCGCCCUGCAAGAGGGGAUGUGGAAAAGAUGGAAGAGUCACAGGAACCAAGAGGCUGCGCUUUAUGCCUGUGCCAGAGGAAAUCGUGGAGGAGCUGCCGGCCAGCAAGAAGCAGAGGGUUCCUCCCAGGGUGAGAGCCAAGUCACCCGAACCCUUGGUCGUCAUGAAGAGAAGCUUGCGAACUUCUGCAGAAAGAAGUGAACCUGUGGAAGAGCCAAACAGCCACAGCAUGAACACCAACAAAGAAGAACACAAAUUACAAGACUCGGUCCCUGCAAAUAAGGGAAUGUCUCUGCGUGCCAGACGCCAAAAGAAGACAGAUGUAGAACAGCCUACAACUGAGGUCCUUAUAUUAGCAGAAAGAAUGAAAGUAAACAGAAAUGCAAAGAAGCCCAUGAAGACCUCCCAAGAGAUGGACAUGCAGAGUCCAGAUGACGGAGCCCAGAAAGCCAUACCUAGAGGCAAAGCCGGUGAAAACAAAAGGUGCUUGAGGUCUGUUAGACAGAAUAAGAGCUCCCAGCCUAAGGUGGCGGAGGAGAGUGAAGGGCCGAAGAGCACGGGGAUUCUCGUGCAGAAUCAGGAAGGGAAAGGAGAAGCAGGACCUUCAGACUCCGUGCAUUUGAGAUUAAGGAAGACCAAAAGCCAGUCUGCAGCAAGCGCUUUGGAGAGUGAAUCUGCACAGAGAGUCACGCGGGGUGUCAAGAGGUGUGCAGAAAAUCCGAAGAAGGCUGAGGACAUUGUAUGCAUCAAGAAAAUAAGAACCAGAAGUCACCAGGACAGUGAAGAUAAUUAACACAAAAAUCUAACGGGGAAAAAAUAUAAUAAAGUUAGUUUUGUGAUAAGUUCUAGUACAGUUUUUGUCAUAAAUUGAAGUGAAUUCUGUAAGUAAAGCUGUCAGUCUGCGUAAGGGGAGAGAACUUGGGGUAUGCUGGACCUGAAUGAGCUUCUUCAGCUUCGCUGGGAGCAGUGCGGGGCUCCCGGAUGAAGAACAGUUGAACAUGGGAGGCUUCGGGAAGGAGUCUGAGCCGAGGUUUGUCCUCGGCUUUGCAGAAUGAAGCGUUGGGGUCCUUCACGCACCCACAGCCACCCUACAGCAGCCGUCACUGUGACCCCUGCCACACUGUGUCACUGUUUAAGUGUUCGCCUGUGUCCUCCAGCGCACGAUGGCGGGAACGUCCAUCCUCAGCUGUCCCAGCACCGAGCAGGCACUCGGGAAACACGAAUGCAUGGGUGAGUGCACCGAGGAGUGGAACUUCCAAGAGCUGUCUUUCUAAUGGCUAGGGGGCAUUUGGUCCCCACAUUGAGGCUGUUGGACAUCUGCACAGGACAGUCCUAUUUUUUUGUGCCCUUUCCUUUCUGGAAAUAAAGUUGUGCUUUGGAGGA